AUGCAUGAGACAUGUGGUAUGAAGCUGCUGGGCCGGCCGCUAAUAGGUAGCUCAGUUGAUGGGCAACUUCAACAAUCACGGGAUUUGUAUUUCAUAUUUCAUAUAUUUAGGCUGCUAUGUGAUUCCUUGAUUGCCAUAGCAGGUAACUACCGCUUGGCUAUCCUGGAAGUCGAACCUAACACUUUCCUGUUCCCCCACCACUGGGAUGCAGAUGUUGUUGUCAUUGUUGUUAAGGGGAAAGCAACAAUCAACUUGGUGCGCAAUGAUAACAGGAAAUCCUACAAUCUUGAGUGUGGAGAUGUAGCUAGGAUUCCUGCUGGAACGAUGGUCUACUUGGUGAACAGAGACAACAACGAAAACCUCCAGAUAGUCACACUCUUGAAGGCCAUCUCAACUCUCGGCCACGUCUCGAAAUUCUUCAGUGCCAACAGCGAAGAUGGGGAAUCAUUCUACACUGCAUUUAGCAAUGAAAUCCUGGAAGCCGUUCUAAAUACUCCAAAAGACAAACUAAAGAGGAUGUUGGGAAAGAAAAGGAAGGGAGUGAUAAGGGAGGCGUCAAAGGAACAGAUUAAGGCCAUGAGCGAGCAGGCUUCUUCAUCAUCAGAGGGCGAGCGUUGGUGGAGCAUACACAAAAGUGAGACGAGGGGCCCGUUCAACCUGUUGAAGAAAGGCCCCAUCUAUUCUAACAGCUAUGGACAACUCUACGAGGCCCAACGUUUCAUAAUUCCACUGGGGCAUGUGUUCACCGUCGUUGCUUCCGAGAAAGAGAAUCUGCAGAUAAUUGUAUUCGGGAUAAACGCCCAGGAUAACAAAAGGAACAUCGUUGGGAAAGAACACAACGCGAGGAAACAGAUGGACAAGGAGGCGAAGGCACUGGUUUUUGACAUGGGAGGAGUCGUUCUUUGUUCCUUGUCCCCUGAAGCAGAAGUAGCGCCACAAACACGAUAA